AGGGACAUCAAAUCGGAGGCCCUGGGAGGAGCAGCCGGCCGGCUGCCCUGCAGAGGCCAGGUCUGCGCAGCAAACCCAGGAAGGUGUGGCGUCCCUGCUCCGCGGCCGAGAUGGUGCCGGUGCUGCGCCGUCCUUUGUGUGCCUGGGAAGGGCGUUCCAGGAGCCGGGUCGGGGGCUCCUGACUUGCAGUGGGCAGCAUGACGGUGAGCCGGCUGUCACUGCUGUGCCGGGACCUCUGGGCGCUGUGGCUGCUGCUGAAGGCUGGCGCAGAUGAAAUCAUGCACCAGGACAUCGUCCCGCUCUGUGCUGCUGACAUCCAGGACCAGCUGAAGAAGCGCUUUGCUUACCUGUCUGGUGGGCGGGGGCAGGACGGAAGCCCGGUCAUCACCUUCCCUGACUACCCGGCCUUCAGCGAGAUUCCGGACAAGGAGUUCCAGAAUGUCAUGACCUACCUCACCAGCAUCCCCAGCCUGCAGGACGCUGGCAUCGGAUUCAUCCUGGUGAUAGACCGGCGGCGGGACAAAUGGACCUCCGUGAAGGCGUCCGUCCUGCGCAUCGCAGCAUCUUUCCCGGCAAACCUGCAGCUCGUCCUUGUGCUUCGCCCGACGGGUUUUUUCCAAAGGACUCUCUCCGACAUCGCUUUCAAAUUCAAUAGAGAUGACUUUAAGAUGAAGGUGCCGGUCAUAAUGCUGAGCUCCGUACCAGACUUACACGGUUACAUCGAUAAGUCGCAGCUGACCGAGGACCUGGGCGGGACCCUGGACUACUGCCACUCUCGGUGGCUGUGCCAGCGCACGGCCAUCGAAAGUUUCGCCCUCAUGGUGAAGCAGACGGCUCAGAUGCUGCAGUCCUUCGGGACCGAGCUGGCCGAAACAGAGCUGCCCAAUGACGUCCAGUCGACGAGCUCAGUGCUGUGUGCCCACACAGAGAAGAAGGACAAGGCGAAGGAGGAUUUGAGGCUGGCACUGAAAGAGGGGCACAGCGUUCUGGAGAGCCUCAGGGAGCUGCAGGCUGAGGGCUCAGAGCCCGGCGUGAACCAGGACCAGCUCGACAACCAGGCCACCGUGCAGAGGCUCUUGGCCCAGCUGAACGAAACCGAGGCUGCCUUCGAUGAGUUCUGGGCAAAGCAUCAGCAGAAGCUGGAGCAGUGCCUGCAGCUUCGGCACUUCGAGCAGGGCUUCCGGGAGGUCAAAGCCAUCUUGGACGCAGUGUGCCAGAAGAUAGCAACCUUCACGGACAUUGGCAACAGUCUGGCGCAUGUGGAGCACCUGCUGAGGGACCUGGCCAGCUUCGAGGAGAAAUCAGGCGUGUCUGUGGAGAGGGCCCGGGCCCUGUCUCUGGAUGGCGAGCAGCUCAUCGAGAACAAGCACUACGCCGUAGACUCCAUCCGCCCCAAGUGCCAGGAGCUCCGGCACCUCUGCGACCAGUUCUCUGCAGAGAUCGUGAGGAGGAGGGGGCUGCUCAGCAAGUCCCUGGAGCUGCACCGCCGCCUGGAGACGUCCCUGAAGUGGUGUGAUGAAGGGAUUUACCUGCUGGCCUCACAACCUGUGGACAAGUGCCAGUCCCAGGACGGUGCGGAGGCUGCCCUCCAGGAAAUCGAGAAGUUUUUGGAGACCAGCGCAGAAAAUAAGAUCCAGGAGCUCAACACAAUUUACAAGGAAUACGAAUCCAUCCUCAACCAAGACCUCAUGGAGCACGUGCGAAAGGUCUUCCAGAAGCAGGCAAGCAUGGAGGAGGUGUUCCACCGCAGGCAGGCCAGCCUGAAGAAGCUGGCGGCCAGGCAGACGCGGCCCGUGCAGCCAGUGGCCCCCAGACCCGAGGCACUGGCAAAGUCGCCCUGCCCCUCCCCAGGCAUUCGGCGAGGCUCGGAGAACUCCAGCUCCGAGGGCGGUGCGCUGCGGAGAGGGCCCUACCGGAGGGCCAAGAGUGAGAUGAGUGAGAGCCGGCAGGGCCGCGGCUCCGCAGGGGAGGAGGAGGAGAGCCUGGCCAUCCUGCGCAGGCACGUGAUGAGCGAGCUCCUGGACACAGAACGGGCCUACGUGGAGGAGCUGCUGUGCGUCCUGGAGGGCUACGCCGCGGAGAUGGAUAACCCACUGAUGGCUCACCUCCUGUCAACAGGCCUUCACAGCAAGAAGGAUGUUUUGUUUGGAAACAUGGAGGAAAUCUAUCACUUCCACAACAGGAUAUUCCUCAGGGAGCUGGAAAACUACACCGACUGCCCAGAACUGGUUGGAAGAUGCUUUCUGGAGAGGAUGGAGGAUUUCCAGAUCUACGAGAAGUACUGUCAGAACAAGCCCCGCUCCGAGAGCCUGUGGAGACAGUGCUCCGACUGCCCGUUCUUCCAGGAAUGCCAGAGGAAGCUGGACCACAAGCUGAGCCUGGACUCCUACCUGCUGAAGCCGGUGCAGAGAAUCACCAAGUACCAGCUGCUGCUCAAGGAAAUGCUGAAAUACAGCAAGAACUGCGAGGGGGCUGAGGACCUGCAGGAGGCGCUGAGCUCCAUCCUGGGCAUCCUGAAGGCCGUGAAUGACUCCAUGCACCUCAUUGCCAUCACCGGCUAUGACGGGAAUCUCGGCGACCUGGGCAAGCUGCUGAUGCAGGGCUCGUUCAGCGUCUGGACCGACCACAAGAGGGGCCACACCAAGGUGAAGGAGCUGGCCAGGUUCAAGCCCAUGCAGCGGCACCUGUUCCUGCACGAGAAGGCCGUGCUCUUCUGUAAGAAGCGGGAGGAGAACGGGGAGGGGUACGAGAAAGCCCCCUCCUACAGCUACAAGCAGUCCUUAAACAUGGCUGCCGUCGGCAUUACGGAGAACGUGAAGGGAGAUGCUAAGAAGUUCGAGAUCUGGUACAACGCGCGUGAGGAGGUCUACAUCGUCCAGGCACCAACUCCUGAGAUUAAGGCCGCGUGGGUGAAUGAAAUUCGGAAAGUGCUGACCAGCCAGCUGCAGGCUUGUCGAGAAGCCAGCCAGCACCGGGCACUGGAGCAGUCGCAGAGCCUGCCCCUGCCGGCCCCGACCAGCACCAGUCCCUCGAGAGGAAACUCAAGGAACCUCAAAAAGCUGGAAGAAAGGAAAACGGACCCCCUGAGCCUGGAGGGAUAUGUCAGCUCAGCACCACUGCCAAAGCCCCCCGAAAAGGGCAAAGAGCCCUAGGACCUCACAGAAGAGCCCCUCCCUCUCCGUUGCUCUGCACCCCUGUAUCAGCAAGGUCAGCCCCAGCAACAGCCCCGGCCCAGACCCAGCGUGCAACCUGGAGCCGCCCUGGGCCCUCCCCGCAGCAGCUGGACCCGCCUCCACGCCGGGUUGCGAUCCCUCUGCAUAGUUUCUUUCUCUUCCUUCAUAGAUGACACGGUCACUAGCUCUGCCUCAGAAAGCUCUGCGCUUUCCAGAAAGCGCUUUACCCUGCAGGGCUUUGCUAACCUCAAAGGUCAGAAAGGUAAAAGUAGCACCUGCCC